CACAGGAAAGGCUGACUCCCAAACCCAGAAACUUUUUGUGUCUGAAAGCAUGGCACUUAGGUCGAAGGCAACACCUUUUGAACAACUUUUUACACAGCUCCAAAGUACUGUUGUGAGCAUUGCAUUGUACUGAGGAUCCUAUGCCUGCUCCGUUAUGCAAAGUGCAAACUUUUCAUUUUUCUUUUAUCGAACAUAUGUUCCAAUUUGUCAAUUCUGUCUCUUUUUUGGGUUUGGAUGGUCCAGGUCAAAAACAGAAAAAUGAGAAGAAAAGACUUGACAUUGCUAUUCCAGAUAAUAAGAAGCUUAGAGUCAUCCUUUGCAUUGAUCCAUGCAUGUGACCUUUGUUCCCGUUUCUGGAAAAAGAGGAGAUAUAUUGGGCUCACAAUAAUAAAGGUAAACAGUUUUGAGGGAAAAUAUCAUAGAAAAAAGGAGAAGAAAUUUCACAAUGUGAAAACAACAGAAGAGACAACUUCACUAUCUCUUCCCUGGCUGUGCUGUAAUAUUUGCUUUUGGACAAAAUGCAGAAGAAUAUAUAAAACAAGAAGUCACAUCCUUUUUUGGGUUCAUCCAUUUUGGUCCAGCUUCUUUGUAACACUUGGAUUCUCAUCCCUUUUAUGUCCUUUUUGGUUGAUUGCAGAAAGGCAUCCACAUGCGCUGCUUCUCUUUGGCUGUUGAGAGCCGCUAAGCUAAAAGUAAUACACAUCAGGUAUCGUAUCAAUUUCGUUGAAGGACAACAUGCAGCAGAAAGAAAUUCCUGCAGAGGUUAAAUCUACAAUCCAGAAGAAGAUUCCAGUAAUUUCCAGGACACAGAACUGGGAAAAAUAAUCAAGUCCACAUUAUCAUCCUG